AGCAGAACUUGUUGAUCUCAGAGUUGUGAGAGUUUGUAACUUGUCUGUUCCGGUCGGUUCCGAGCCCGCUGACCCGGUCCGUCUGGAGGCGGGUCUCUGUUAGCUGUUAGCCGUUAGCUUCAGGUGACGUCUCGUGCCAUCAAACAUGUCGGCAGGACAGCAGAGAGCGACGUUCCUGUUCCAGCUGCCGCCCGCCGUCCUGUGGGAGUUCUGCCGGGUCAUGGACGGGCUGUCGGACCUGGACUGGACCCGCUUCGCCUCCGAGGUGCUCGGGGACCAGACCGCCGUGCGAUUGGCCGAGAGGACGAAGAGGCGGACCGACUGGGUGAUGAACCAAUGGGAGGCCAGGAACGGUCGCGUCGGGGAGCUGAUCGACCUGCUGGAGCGCCUGGAGCUGCUCCGCCCCCGUGACGUCAUCCUGGGCUGUGCCUCCAGUCUGAAGCCCUCCCCUCCCCCCAAGGCCACGCCCACACUGAGCACUGUCACACUGAGCUCCACAGUGGCGUGGAGACUGAGCGAUGACCUCCUGUUCUUCAUCCAUGAAGGAGGACGGAGACCCCUCCCCAGACCGGACCCGCCCCCCCUCCCCAGACCGGACCCGCCCCCCCAGAACCUGAAGUCUGACUUCCACCAACCCGCCCCGCACCCCCCGGUGGUUUCAAGCAGCAGUGGGGUGAUGUGCUGGUCGUAUAAAGAGGUGUAUGCUGGGACGAUGGGCUUCUCCCCCUCCCUGCAAGUGGGGGAGGGGGGGUUCGGUGUGGUCUACAGAGCGUCUCUGAGGAACACCGACUGUGCUGUCAAGAGACUCAAACAGGAUUGUCUGCUGGACUGGACUCUGCUGAAGGAGAGCUUUCAGACUGAAGUGGACAAACUGUCAAAGUUCAGACAUCCCAACAUCGUAGAUCUGUUGGGCUUCAGUGAAGGACCAGAAUCAGUGUGUCUGAUCUACAGCUACAUGGAGCUCAGGUCACUGGAGGACCAGCUACACAAUGAGUGUGUGUCUCUGUCCUGGCCUCAGAGAGUGGGCGUGGUUAAAGGAGCCUCAACGGCGCUGCAGUUCCUUCACUUCCCUCCAGGCGGACACGCAGCCCUGAUCCACGGAGACGUCAAGAGCUCAAACAUCCUGCUGGACCGCCACCUGGUGGCCAAGCUGGGGGACUUCGGUCUGGCUCGGUUCGCGUGUCGCGGCUCGGCGGGGCGCCCGGCGGCUCAGACGGCGUCGGUGGGUAAAACGGCGACGGUCAGAGGAACGCUGGCGUACCUGCCCGUUGAAUACGUGAGGGACGGAGAGCUGGGGACGGCCGUAGACGUGUACAGCUUCGGAGUGGUUCUGAUGGAGGUUCUGACCGGACGUCGAGCUCUGCAGAAGGACAGGAAGACGGGAGAGACGUACCUGAAGGACCUGGUGGAGGAGGUUGAGGACAGUCUGACGGGUUCUCCUGCAGAGGCCUGGAGGAGACAGCUGGACCACCGGCUGGUCUCAGGGGGCGCUGAGGAGCCUGCUGGCUGCAUGGCGCUGGUGGCUCUGGCCUGCAGGUGUCUGAACAAGAAGCGGAAGAAGAGACCGGCCAUGACAGAGGUGUUUGACAAACUUCAGGAUAUCCAUGUCACCGCGAGCAACACCAGGUCCUCCUCCCCCCUCCAUGACCCUCCUCAUCCUCCUCUUCAUCCACGCCCUCUGGACUCCAGUAUGGGAGCGCUGUCCAACCAGCUGUCCAAACUGGGACCACUAGAGGACACUAGCCGGCUCUCCCAGUGCUCCCGGUUGUCCUCCUCCUGCUCCCUCACCCCUCCUCACGCGCUACACUCCUCCUCCUCCUCCUCUUUCACCGGCCCGUGUGAAACCGAUGAGAGUCGAGGCUUCUCCCAGUAUGACAUUCGCUCCCAGUUCAGCUCUAAUGGGUCCAGGUCUCUGUUUCCAUCCCCCAGAGACCAGCAUCACAGUCCAACUGGGUCCACAGAGUCCCAGUUGAGCCAGCCUUCUGUCCCCACCGAAGACCAGUACCCUCCCCUCACCGGGCCCCUCCCAGGACCAGACACUGAAGGGCGGACCACAGCAAGGCUCUACGGUGUCCCAGAAUGCAUCUCUCCUGGGGGGUCCCUGCUGUCGUCGUCUCCGGAGACCUCCGGCAUCGUGAAUCCCAUCCCGCAGAAAGAUCUGCCCGGAGAAGCAAGGAUUCAAACUGCCGACGACCUCUAUGGAGGGGAGAGACCCGAGAGACGACCAGAGGAGAGCGACGAGCUGGACUACAACUGACCGGCCGGCCGGAACCGUGACGUCCACCGGGUGGAGACCAACCGUGACGUGUUGCCGGUGGCGUUGUGUUGCCGGUGGCGUUGAGUUGCCGGUGGCGUUGUGUUGCCGGUGGCGUUGUGUUGCCGAUGGCGUUGAGUUGCCGGUGGCGUUGUGUUACCGGUGACGUGGUGUUGCCGGUGGCGUUGAGUUGCCGGUGGCGUUGAGUUGCCGGUGGCGUUGAGUUGCCGGUGGCGUUGUGUUACCGGUGACGUGGUGUUGCCGGUGGCGUUGUGUUACCGGUGACGUGGUGUUGCCGGUGGCGUUGAGUUGCCGGUGGCGUUGUGUUAACGGUGACGUGGUGUUGCCGGUGGCGUUGUGUUGCCGGUGGCGUUGUGUUAACGGUGACGUGGUGUUGUGUUGCCGGUGGCGUUGUGUUGCCGGUGGCGUUGUGUUACCGGUGACGUGGUGUUGCCGGUGGCGUUGUGUUGCCGGUAACACAACGUUACAACAGCCAGGCUUUUCCCAUCAUGCACUGGGCCACCUGCUUUGUGUGCACGGCGUCAGAUCAAGUUGUGACACACAUCUACCCAGCAUGCAUUGCGCCGGUCUGAAAUCAACUAAAAAAGUAAAAAGCGACCAAUAGGAGGAGCACUGUGAUUGGUUACCGAGGAGAAGGAGGCGGAGCUCUGACCCAAAGGAAACUGACAAAAUAAAAGACUUGUCGGAUUUCUCGGACAACCAAUCUGAACUCUUUUUAAGGUUUGGUCGUCAUGGAGACGGCGAAGGGCGGAGUCAACAGUGUUCAGGAUAUUAAUGCAGAUUAACGGGGUUUAAUUUAUUCUCUUCCUGCAGCAUCAAAGUAUUUGUUUUUUCCUUUUUUACAAACUAUUUUAUUCUUCUGUGGUUUCUCCGUGACGUUUAGUUUAAGUCUUUGUGAAUAUUCUCAACAAUAAAGGUAUUUUUUUAGCGGC